AUUGUUUGAAAGAAAAAAAACAAAAAAUGUUGGUUGGGCGCGGAAAAGCCGCGAGAAAUUGGAACAUCCGCCCGGAUGUCAUCGUUGGCAGCGUGUUAGAGAGAGAGGGAGAGAGAGAGUCAGAGAGAGAAAGAAACAGACAGAGAGAGAAAAUCUUGUUUGUCUCUGUUGCCUUGGUAUAAUCCGUCUGAAGAAAAAGUGGUGGGCAGAGAGGCAGCUGGUUUUGAUCCCAAACCCAAAAACCUCUCUCUCUCUCUCUCUCUUCAGUGUUCAAUUGCUCAUUUACAGUGGAGGAAGUGGAAUUGUGAUGAACAUAGGGUUUGGGAGUUGAGAAUAGAAGAGUUUGGGCAUCUGGGUUCAUAUUAUCCAUUGAUGGUAUGGCACAGAAUAAACCCAAGAGGCUAUACCAAGUCUGGAAAGGAAGCAAUCACUUUUUCUGUGGCGGGAGAUUAAUUUUUGGUCCUGAUGUGGCAUCUCUUCUUCUGUCCACACUCCUUGUUGCCGGCCCAGCAGUUGCCUUUUGUAUAAAGGUUUAUUUUAAAAUAAAAAAGGGGAAUGUUACAGAUUACAGUCUUUGGUAUCCUGUAUUAAUUGUUGGCUCAGUCCUUACUGUUUUGGAUUUAACAUUUCUGUUCUUGACUUCUAGUAGGGAUCCUGGAAUAGUCCCUAGAAAUUCAAGGCCUCCAGAAUCAGAUGAAGCAUUUGAUCUAGCUACCCCAUCAAUGGAGUGGGUUAAUGAAAGAACUCCUCAUUUGAAACUACCACGAACCAAAGAUGUCAUUGUAAAUGGUCACACAGUAAAAGUGAAGUACUGUGAUACUUGUUUGCUUUAUCGCCCUCCUCGUGUAUCUCACUGUUCUAUCUGCAACAAUUGUGUUCAGAGAUUCGAUCAUCAUUGUCCAUGGGUUGGCCAAUGCAUUGGAAUGCGUAACUAUAGGUUCUUCUUCAUGUUCAUAUCAACCUCAACCAUCCUGUGCAUAUAUGUUUUUGUCUUCUCUUGGAUAAAUGUAGUUAAAGAAGGCGGUAUUCCAAAAGCUGUGUCGAAAGAUAUCCUCUCAGAUUUCCUUUUAGUGUACUGCUUCAUCGCUAUCUGGUUUGUUGGUGGCCUUACAAUCUUCCAUUCCUACUUGAUAUGCACAAACCAGACAACAUAUGAAAACUUCCGGUACCGAUAUGAUAAGAAGGAGAACCCAUAUAACAAAGGAGUGAUGUGGAACAUCAAAGAAGUUUUUUUCUCUAAGAUCCCUCCUUCAAUGAAUAGAUUCCGAUCAUUCAUUGAAAUGGAUGAGCAGAUGAUCGCAGGAUCUGUGACUCCAAAUCUUGAUGAAGGUAUUAUGGGCUCAAAGGAGAAAAUUGAUAUUGAAAUGGGAACUGGCAUUGCGGAGGACAAUGGUUUUCCAAUUCCCAACCUUUUGCUGAAUUUUGACUAUGAUGAUUUGGAGGAUGAUUUGAAGAAUGCAGGGGAACAACGAGGACCUGCUUUUGACACUUUCUUUCCCAUUCAGACAGAAGCAAAAGAAUCUGUGAAAUACUCAAUAGAUGGAGAUAAAAUUACAGAAUCUGUGCAAAGUGUUACUACAAGGGAUGCAGUGAGAGAUUCUGUGGGAAGCUCACAUCCGAGAGAUGAAUUGAGAGCAUCUGUACAGAGCACCAUUUCCUUGGAUGGAGCAAAUGAGGAAGCUGAUUGUGGAAAUAACCAUCCUAAAACCACAUCACCUGUUUUCCAAGCAUAAAGGUUUGGCUACAACUGAUCUCUUCUAGGGCUUUUGCAUCUCAUGAAGCAUCUUUCUUUUCGGUUUCCAAAGGAUCUUUUGUUUCAGUAGUUAUGGUAGUCAGAAACUAGGUAAGCAGUUACGUUUUUCUUAAUACAGUUACAGUAGUUGGUCACUUUGAUGCUGGAAAGCAAAGGAGAGUUCAUACAGUUACAUCGUCCCUUGAUAAAAUUCUGACUCAUGAUUGUUGUAAAAUGUCUUCCUGUGUUUACAAUAAUGCAGAAAUCUGCAAGGAAUGGUGUUCAAUAGUGGUUUAAUGUUCAGUAGUGUUUAUUUUAUUUUGCCUUUUUGAUGACUUACAGACUGCUGGUUUUUCCAUAGUUUUAAGAAAAUCUGGAUUGACUUGCUCCUAGUUUCAUUGGAUAA